AGGAAGUGGCUUGAAGAAGAGCUUCAAACUUCUAAGGUUCAACCAUGGCCGUAGCAGCUUACUGCUCUUCCUGCUGACUCCUUUUAUCGAUAACGAGACCCCAGGGGCCACCGAGGCUAUAAGAGAAAUUACACAAAUACCACCACCUGUUCAGUCAUGGUCGUCCUCUCCUCCCCAGUCCCCCUCCUCCGCUAUUUGAACCCUUCUCGAAGUCUCUCUCUCCAUCCUUCUGCUCCUGCUUUUGCUGCUGCUCCCUUCACGCUUCUGCCGCCAUUUUUAAGAAGAAGAAGAACAGGAAGAAGGCUAUUCUCCACCAUGGCCGCUCUGCAGAAGAAGGUGAUGGUUCCUAUAGCCAACGGGACGGAGGAGAUGGAGGCCGUCAUCAUGAUCGACGUCUUGAGGCGGGCGGGAGCGGACGUUGCGGUCGCGUCCGUGGAGAAGGAGCUCCAGGUCGUGGCAUCCAGGGGGGUGAAGCUCGUCGCCGAUGCUCUCGUCCGGGACCUCUCUGAUACCCCUUUUGAUUUAAUCGCUCUUCCGGGCGGGAUGCCUGGUGCUGCUAAUUUCCAUGGAUGCCAAGCUCUAGAGACCAUUGUGAAGAAACAUGCUGCAGAUGGGCGGCCUUAUGCUGCGAUCUGUGCCUCGCCGGCGGUCGUUCUUGACAAAUGGGGUCUGUUGAAUGGUCUGAAGGCGACUUGCCAUCCUUCAUUUAUGGAUAAGUUAUCGUCUGCGGUACCAGUGGACGCAAGAGUUCAACAAGAUGGUAAAGUUGUUACCAGCAGCGGACCUGGUACAGCCAUGGAGUUUGCGUUGGUUUUAGUUGAGCAGUUAUUUGGGAAAGAAAAACGGGAUGAGGUUGCUGGGCCUUUGCUGCUAUACUCGAAUCACAACAAGGAGCACCUUGUACGUGAAUUGAAUGCAGCAGGCUGGUCAUACAGCGGUUCUCCUCAGGUGCUUGUGCCAGUGGCUAAUGGCUCAGAAGAGAUGGAAGCUGUAAUUAUCAUUGACGUUUUGCGUAGGGCCAAAGCAAAUGUAAUUGUGGCUUCAGUUGAAGAUAAACUAGAAGUUGUCGCUUCACGGAAUGUUAAACUGGUCGCUGAUAUGUUUCUCAAGGAGGCUGCUGAGCUUCCUUAUGAUCUGAUUGUUUUGCCGGGUGGACUUCCAGGUGCUCAAACCUUUGCAAGUUCAGAAAAGCUGACAAACUUGAUAAAAGAGCAAGCAAAAUCAAAUAAACCGUAUGGCGCAAUAUGUGCAUCCCCUGCACUGGUAUUUGAACCCCAUGGUUUACUCAAGGGAAAGAAGGCGACUGCAUAUCCAACCCUGUGCAACAAGCUUUCUGAUCAAAGUGAUAUUGAGAACAGGGUGGUGAUCGAUGGGAAUCUGAUAACAAGCAGGGGGCCCGGCACAGCUAUGGAAUUUGCACUUCGGAUUGUAGAGAAGUUCUUUGGACGUGAAAAAGCAUUAGAACUAGCCAGUCCAAUGGUUUUCACAUAUGUGUAGAAGCUGUUUGUCUGCUGCCGUGCAUGCACAACGUCCAAAGUUUUGUUUGCCACAUCUUUGCCCGUUUUUGUUGGUCACCUAUGUAAAUGUUUGCUGUGUGAAAAUAAGCUCACCAGGGCGUGUUUAAACUUUUAUGAACUGGUAUAGCCAUCGAAGCUUUCAGUUGAUGGAUUAGUAAAAUGGAAAUCAUAAUGUUGAGGUGCA